UUUCACAUUAAACGAUCAUUUUAAGGGCGAACCAAUCAAACUGCAAAUUUAUACAAAUUGAUACUAAACGGGUUGUAUUAAUUUUAUAACAAAAAUUAAGUGCGUAAAUAAGUUGUGAGCCGAGUCGUAAUUAAAACUAAUUGGGUUUAAUGCGACGCUAAUUAUUAUAAAUUAAACCGGAUUUUGUACGGAAUAACGUCCUUUUUGUGUGUUGUUGAACUUUUUGUGUUUUUUUUGGACUAUGAGCGUGGUGUCGGUUACCGGUUGCUAGUCGCUGGAAUAGUGUUUGUGUGGUGUGCGGCAGGAUGUCGACAUAGGGGGCGGCCGCGCCUGGCCCUUUGAGGCCAUGUUAAAUAACCUUACCGCGACUGCUUUGGGAGGUCACAAAGAGUCGUGCGAGGAGGGCAAGCAGCUGGAGGUGAAACCGAACGUGGAGAGGCACCAUGCGCUCGGCGCGCGGCUGCACAUCGCGCACAACGUUCGCCCAGAACACUUGCAGGGCGGCAUCCACCAGCACGGCGGGCACAUGGCGACGGUGCCGGUGAGCAUGUCCUCCGCCACCUCGGACUCGGACAAACCCGCCAAACAAAAGAGGCAUCGGACCAGGUUCACGCCGGCGCAGCUCAACGAGCUGGAGAGAUGCUUCAGCAAGACGCACUAUCCUGACAUCUUCAUGCGCGAGGAGAUCGCCAUGAGGAUCGGCCUCACAGAGAGUAGAGUGCAGGUGUGGUUCCAGAACCGUCGAGCCAAAUGGAAGAAGCGCAAGAAGAGCACCAACGUGUUCAGGUCCCCUGGAGCGCUGCUGCCCUCGCACGGACUGCCACCCUUCGGCGCAGGCGACGUGUGCGCACCCGGCGUGUUCGCGGACCGACCCUGGUCUAUGCCAGCUGGGCUAUCUCAGUUGUCGCAGGGUGGCGUGUCGAUGGGCGGGUUUGGAGCUGGAGGUCUACCGCAGCUGGCCGCGGACCUCAACCCGUCGCUGCCCAUCUCCUCGGUCGCUUCAGGCCAGCCGUACCAGGGGCACUACCCGCUCAACUCGCUUGGCGACACGAUGAUGUCAUACUGCAACAACAUAGCGGGCGGGCAGCAGGGCGCGCUGGAGGGCUCGCCCACGCCGCCACACAUGUCCCACUGCGCCAACAACGCGUCGCCCACCGCUUCAGGCGGCGGCGAGGGCGAGGAAGAGGGAUGGCGCGGGCACAGCAUCGCAGCGCUGCGCCGGCGCGCGUCCGAGCUGUCGGCCGCCAUCCCGCCCUACCUGCAGCUCAACUACGACGCGCACAGCCCCGUCUACUGACCGCGUCACCAGCCAUACGCACGGCACGUCCACACCACUCUACCCGACUAGGAAUAGAGUUCAAAUUACAAACAAAAAACACUACAAUAUAGAGAUGAAAUUACAAAUGGAUAAACGCAGAGUAUUCAAAUUCUAAAUAAGAGAAGAAUUAUUAGCUCUCAUUUACACAAGAAUUUUUUUUCGUAAAAUUUACGAUUUGCAACACCCGCUUAUUUUGGCAGCCCAGGCUCUUACUGCAGUUUCGUUCAUACAAUUUGUUAAAUUAAGCGUAAGAUUACCACCACUACAGUUAAUCCUUAGAAAUGUACUAUCAAUUAAAAACCGUGAUCCCAAAUAUGUGUCAACGGUUUUGUGUUUAUUGAAAAAUAAUAUUCGUCUUACUAAUAAACGUUGUAUACAUGAGCGUAGCUAGGAGGGGGCAUGGGUGGUCGAUACCCACAUACAUCUUUGCUCUCUCUAGAAAAAACCUUGUGGUCGCGCGUGCAGGCUUCUUGAGCGGCCCUUUCGUUGAAACAGCGACCUUUUUUCCUUUUUGUUUCGACAAGCUGCUCCGCCUAGAAAGUCCGUAGCAAUGCCAAUAGUUGUAUAUAUCUGUAAUUGUUAAGUGUUUUGUCUUUUCAUGUUGAAUGACAUUUACUGUCAAAGGAAGCGAGACAAAACAUUGUGUAUACAGACGUAUACACCGUUUAUUAGUAAGGUUUAAUGCAUAUAUGGGGGUAUUUCCAGAAAUAUCUAUAGAAUGAGGGCACCACUUUUGCUUUUUCGCUUAGUUGACAGUACAAGAAAUUAGUUCAAUAUUCCAGCAUGACAUGGUGAGGCUUUUUAUUUACCUGGUCAGGCUAUAAAUAUGAUUAAAAAUAUGGAAUUUACCUGUGACGCCAAUUCCUGCAUCUUCUCUUAUUUGAACGACUAAAAAAUCUCCUGCGUUCUGUAUUUUAGAUUCUGUUGCCUUAGGUUCAAAAUACAAUUUCUCUUGCAAUAUAUUUGAUAGCGUGUGGACAGUUAAAGCGAUUUAAUUCAAUUUUUCAUCCCAGAAAGGGGUAACGUGAGACAUUUUUUUACAAUGAAAUUGUGAGCUGUAUUCGAUGUAUACGCGUACGUACAAUAAAUAAAUUAUAGAUUAACUUAAGGUAUUUAAUAAAGUAUCAUAGCUAUUGGUGUAUUUGCGACACGACCGUGCGCAUUGUAUGACGCCAUACUUUUUAAAAUGUUGAGUAAUGGUAGGCCUACCUGUUGAAAAUGACAAGGCUUGUAACCUCAUCUGGGCCAUGAACUGAAAAUGAAUGUGACUUAGAUUCACAGGGGCGGAAUAGUGAAUGCUACGUGUGUCAUGACCCCCCAAUAAGUUACAACAUAUAUUUUUCUUCAGUGUUAGUUUAAAUGCGUUUGUAACUUUAUUUACCGGUAUACAAGGUAAAUAAAUAUACACAAACUCAUUGUUUUUUUGCUAUUGUCAUAAAAAUUGCUGUACAAUGACGUCAUUGUUCAAGUUUGAAUAUAAUUUUUGUGACAGAAUAUUGGAGGAAUUGAAAAUAGAGUAAAAAAAUGUUUUUUUCGCUCUAAAAUGGUUAACUAAUUUUGAUAAAAUUUGAUAUAAAGAUCAACUGAAUGUUUUGAGUAUAACGUUCAGAAAUAACCAAAACUGCCAUCAUGGUCAAAAGUAGCGUGAAAUAUAUAAUUUGUGCGGUCGUGUGGCACUCGCAAGCUCACGGCUGGAAAGUGUUAUGUUUCGAUAUACCACCUUGUAGCAGUGCGCUUAUGUCUCGUGUACGGGCCUUUGUAAAUAAACGCGGGAAAACGCGCAGGCCUUAAGGAUUUGCGUUAACUUAACUUACAAACUAACUUGGGAUAUUGUAGUUUGACAUUUAAAGACUUUAAAAUUGUCUGUGGCAUUCGGUUUUUAAAUUUUCGAUGUAUAAGAGUGGCCGUUUGAAAAUUUUAAAAUAAGAAUGAUAUUAAAUAUUUGGGCUUUAUGGAUCCGUGUUCCUUUGCCUAUUUAGUCAAUGCAAAAAAUAUAUUGAGUAAUUUUUCUAACCUAGUUUUUUUUUCACCGCCUAAUUAUUAAAAGUUAAUCAGAUUAUGAGUUUACUAUAAAAGUUUUUAAUCGGAUUGCAAUAUCUCAUGUUACAAGUCAUAAGCUAGGUUCACGCGAUAGCCUAUAGUUGUGUUGAUACAUUCCACAAAUAGUAGUGUUAUUGAAAUAGCAUUGUGGGCUCCGUGUUUCAAAUAAGUUUAUUAAAAGGUAAUGUUUUUCUUUAAUAAUUACAGUUGGAUAUCGAAACUGUAAAUUUAUUUUCGAAAUAUAUUUGUGUAUUUUUAAUAUUUGUUUGUAAAUUGUUAACGGAAAAUUAUAAAUCUAGGAACGCAUUUUUAUAUUUUUUGUAUGAUAAUUAAAAAUACCUUUUUUAAACCAUUGUAAUUUAAAUAUAUAAAAUAAUAUAUUUUUCGGACGUCUUAGUAUGUAAGUAAUUUGUUUCGGUUUAUUGUAACUUUUUGUGUAAAUAUACAUUAAUAAAACGUAGAGCCCACGGCAAAUUUCGAUUAACUCGCAUUUAAACACCUAAGUUGUACCGACUCGAGCCAAAAUAUUAUUAUGUAAGUCAGUGUGAAUGUUCUGAUGCGUGUUCGUGCUGGUUGGGUUUAUUCUAAGAACACUAUGAGAAAUUCAUCAAAGACCCAAAGUUCAAAAUCCCUUAACAACCACAAUAUCCUCAAUUCUAUGAGGUGGUAAAUAUUUCCAUACUUAGGCCAUAUCUAUCUGAUCUUUGACUAAAAUUUCAAGUAACUAAUGUACUGAAAUAUUUAAUGAACCAGAAUUAAGCCGACAUUUAAGAGAGUUCUCAGCUGAGUAGGCUCUGUUAAAUAAAACUCAUCACAAUCUUUCAUAUACUUGUGACUUGAGAUGUCGUUUGAGCUUAUGUUAUAGGAUACAAGCGAAAAUCUUAAGAUGCUGAUCUUAAAUUGACAGCGCUCAGCUAAUAUCGCACAAGAGCGAAACUGUUACAUAUUUUAAUACUGUCUCUAAUUCUGUGUGCAUUCUGAGUGCCGUCGUAAGAUGGUUUUUAUUUAAUAAAUAUAUUUCUGUAAAAAAAAAAUGUUCAUAAAAGUACAGGUUAAAUAAAGAAAUAAUUUAAAUUAAAUUGAAAUCAUAUUUUCGACAUUGUUCGCUUCUACUACGGGGAUGAUAGUUCUCUGAUGAAUGUUUAUCGUAAAACAACCAGCACGUGUGUAUACGAGUUGACGCUGUAUACGAGCAUUUCAGUUAGUGUAGAUAGGAUCAACUAUUGUGAACGUGUUCGGAAACUCCACCACUAUUAUGUUUUUUUAAAACGCGACGCGCUAAUAAACAUUUACAUAAUGCCAUUAUUCGACCUUCCAAAAAGGAUGCAACAUGUACUUAUUGACAAAGAAUGCUGUAAUUUUCAAUGUAUCUCAAACAUAGAAAGGGCAACACAAACCAUACCGUUGUGUAUUGUUAUAAAAUAUAACGUAAUAAUUAUUGCAAUUGAUUGUGCUACUGAUUCUUUACUAACUGUUUUUGGGUUUGUAAUAUACUUAAAAUAAUAUUGUAUAUUGUUUAAGUCACUAAAAGUCGGGUCUUAUACUGGCUGAAGACUACUAGGGACUCUAUUCAGCAUUAUAAAGAUCUCUUGUAUGGUAGAAUUUAACUGUGUAUAUCCCAUCUUCUUCCAAGCAAUAUCGUACAGUAGUUAUCCAGAUUAAAAAAUAUUACAGCUAGUAUACGUAUUCUCCAUUACACUGUUCAAUAAUUUUGCCUAAUGUUUGCAGGAUAUAAUGAAAAUCUACUUUUGUUACUGUUUAUGGACAGUGGUUGUUACUAGCCGAGCAUUCAGCUCACCAUCCAUGUUUGUUGGCGCUGCGCGUAAUAUUAUUUUAAGUUGGAAGUGGUCGAUAGUUCCUAUUAUUUCGAGGCCCUGUAUUAUUUUUAUAUAUUAUUUCUCACACGAUUUCCGUCCGUUUGUUUGUGUAGUUUAAUUUUAUCAGGGCUAAUUAGAUUUUAUUUAAAACGAAAUUUUAAUAUUCUAUAAAAUGACUGAGUGGUUUGACUGUAUGUAUGUCGGACAGUCGAUUUCAUUCAAAUUCGCUGCAGUGUAUUAAGUAUACAUAUGUAUGGCCCACUAGCGUGUUAUUUUAGUUAUAUAAGUAUU